GUGAUCUAUUCAUCUUCAGCGGUAACAGGGGGGCUCUGAGACCUCGCCCAGCCUGGGCAUCUCCUUCCCCCACUGCACCCUCCAGCUGAACCUAUUGCCCCCAGACCGCAUCAGUACCCAGAUCCCUAGAUCGGGAGCCGUGUCCCCCAGCAUCCCCAUGCCCCAGCACCAGGAGCCCGUUGUGGGGCAGAGCCCCCUGCCCCAGGAGGGCUCCAUGACCGUGAUGCUGCGUGUGAGGCCCCCCAGCCGCCGGGAGGGUGCUGCACCCCGAGUCCUGCACGUCCUGAACGAGCGCGAGGUGCUGCUCAGCCUGGAGGAGCCCGGCGGAGCCGCCCCGCCCGCCCGCAGCCCCGCCCGCCGCCGCAGGAACCUCAAAUUUGUGUUCGACCACGUUUUUAGCGAGGGGGCCACGCAGGAGGAGGUGUUCCAGCACACCACGCUCCCUCUGCUGGACGCCCUCCUCGCUGGCUACAACUGCUCCGUGUUUGCCUACGGAGCUUCGGGAGUUGGGAAAACGCACACCAUGGUGGGCUCCAAGAGCAGCCCUGGCAUUGUGCACCUGGCCACGGUGGAGCUGUACAAGAGGCUCGAGGCCAUGAAGGACAAGAGCUGGGAGGUCCUUGUCUCCUACCAGCAGGUGUACAAAGAGUGUGUCUACGACAUGCUGGAGCCCGGGAGCCCACUGAACGUCUGGGAGCAGCCCGGGAAAGGAGCUGUGGCACAUGGUCUCUCCUUCCACAAGCCCACGUCAGCAGAGCAGCUCCUGGACAUGUUGGCCAAGGGCAGUAAAAACCGGGCACAGCGUCACACCAAGGCCAACGCCACCUCCUCCCGCUCCCACGCCAUCUUCCAGAUCCAGGUGAAGCAGUGGGACACCAGUGGUGGCCUGGCCGGGGACUCACUCGUGGCCAAGCUGAGCUUCAUUGACCUGGCGGGCUCGGGGCGAGCGUGGGACACACCGAGCCGGGGACAGGGACUGCGGGAGGCCACCAGCAUCAGCCGCUCGCUGCUGGCCCUCAAAAGCGUUGUCCGAGCUCUGACCGGAGCCAAGGUGAGGCCACUCCCGGCCGGGCUCUGGCUCUCCGGGACGGGUCCGGGAGGCAAACUGACUCGCCUGCUGAAGGACUCUCUGGGCAGCAGCUGCCGCUGCACCGUGAUCGCAGCCGUGAGCCCCGCGGCGCCCGCCGGUCCCGACACCUGCAACACGCUCCGCUUCGCCAGCCGGGCCAGGCACAUCCUGCUGCCGCCACCCGGGGGCCCUGGAGCCUGGAGGAGCCUGAGGGGCAGCGCACACCCCCCAGAGAUGGGUGUGCGCUGCCCCAUUGUGUUUUAA